AGUGAGGCAUAGUACGCUUUGUAUAUAGAAAGAAAACUAGUCCCAACUCCCAACCAGUGCGUUCGGUUCUGUAAAAAAUCCCCUUCUCUGUACUGCAUCUCGACCGCACCGGCGGCGGUAUCAACGAUGGUGGAGUUGCUGGGCCGGCGGAUCGGGGUGGCGGCGGCAGCUGCCGCGUUCAUCGCCCUCGCGGCGUUCGGAUCCGCCUCGUCCUCGCCCAAAUCCUUCGUGAAGUCCACCGUCUCCGCCCACGACGUUGUCAUCUUCUCCAAGUCAUACUGCCCGUACUGCAAAAGAGCAAAGGCCGUGUUUAAGGAGCUUCAGUUGAAGAAAGAGCCAUAUGUCGUGGAGCUUGAUCAGCGAGAGGAUGGUUCGGAGAUUCAGGAUGCCUUACGUGACAUAGUUGGCAGGCGUACUGUUCCUCAAGUUUUUGUCCAUGGAAAGCACUUGGGAGGCUCUGACGAUACUGUUGACGCUUAUGAAAGUGGAAAACUGGCUAAACUUCUGAACAUUGGAGUCAAGGAUGAUCUUUGAGUGACAUUCUAGCAUCAGUGGUCUCUUGUUUUGAGUUAUCAGUGGAUUUUUAUGCGACUCUGAUUAACAUAUAAAUGAUAUGUAACUGAAUGAUUUAUUAUAGUUUAUACCCUUUGAACCAUAUUUUGAUU